UGUUAUUUUUCGAAUAUAUAAGGAGGUGGAGGUGGCAGCUGCAGCCAGAGGCUUCCCGGACUGCAGCCUGAGCCUUGUACCCCGCGCCCCAUCACCCCUCCCCACCCUCCCCGCAUCCCUUUCCUCCCUGUCUCCCUCGCUCCUGGCCCGUUGCUUUUCCUCCCUCCCCUUCCUCCCGCCCCGGCCCACUCCCUCACUGACCAGCCCAGCUGUGCCCAGCUUCUGCAGCCGGCCCCGCAGCGAUGGAGGAGCCCGCGCCAGGCUCAGCUCUCAGCCCGGCCGGCGAGAGCACUGCCGCCCAGCGCACGGGGUACAUCCCCAGGCGACAGCUGGGCCCUCAGGGUCUCCUGGGGUCCCCGGAGCGCGCGACCUCUUCCUCUCCGGUCACCACCCUCACCCAGACCAUGCACAAACUCGCUGGGCUCGGCAGCGAUCCCCCAACUUGUCAGGUAGGGACCUUGCCCCUGAGAAAUCGCCUGACUCGCAGAUCGUUGUCCCGACGGGCGUCCGAAUCUUCCUUGUCAUCUGAGUCCUCAGAGUCUUCUGAUGCAGGUCUCUGCAUGGAUUCCCCCAGCCCUAUGGACCCCCAGAUGGCAGAGCAGAUGUUUGAACAAGCCAUCCAGGCAGCCAGCCAGGUCAUGCGAAGUGAGCAGUUUGCCAUCAGACGCUUCCAAUCCUUACCAGUAAGGCUGCUGGGCCACAGCCCUGUGCUCCGAAACAUCACCAACUCUGAAGCACUAGACCGCUGGAGCAAGAGCGAGGCCGGUGGCAGAGCUGCCAGCAGCCCUGGCGAGGAUAAGGAGAACGAGGGAUUUGUUUUCAAGAUGCCAUGGAAGCCUAUACCUCCCAACCCUGCUUAUGCCCUGGCAGAGUGGGCUAGCCGCAGAGAAGCCUUUACCCAGAGGCCAAGCUCAGCUCCAAACCUGAUGUGCUGUACUCCUGAGAGGAAGAUGGAAGUGGAGGAGCUGAGCCCCAGGGCCCAGUCUCACUGCUUCUCCCUGAGCCCUUCUGAGGGGGCUGAAGAAGAUGAUGGAUUUGUCGACAUCCUGGAGAGUGAUUUAAAGGAUGAUGCGGUCCCCCCAGGAAUGGAGAGCCUCAUCAGUGCCCCAUUGGUCAAGACUUUGGAUAAGGAAGAGGAGCAGGACCUCAUCAUGUUCAGCAAGUGCCAGCGGCUCUUCCGCUCUCCAUCCAUGCCCUGCACCGUGAUCCGGCCCAUCCUCAAGAGGCUUGAACGACCCCAGGAUAAGGACAUACCAGUCCAGAGCAAGCGGAGGAGGAGUGUGACCCUCCCAGAGGAGCAGCAGCAGCCUGAGGAACCUAGAGCCCGGGUCCUCCGCUCAAAGUCCCUGUGUCAUGAUGAGAUUGAAAGCAUCCUGGACAGUGACCACCGCGGGCUUAUUGGAGAUUACUCCAAGGCCUUCCUCCUACAGACGGUAGAUGGCAGACACCAAGACCUCAAGUACAUCUCUCCAGAAACCGUGGUGGCCCUACUGAUGGGCAAGUUCAGCAACAUUGUGGAGAAGUUUGUGAUUGUAGAUUGCAGAUACCCCUAUGAGUACGAAGGCGGGCACAUCAAGACUGCAGUGAACUUGCCCCUUGAACGAGAUGCCGAGACCUUCCUGCUACAGAGCCCCAUCACAGCCUGUAGCCUGGACAAGAGGAUCAUCCUGAUUUUCCACUGCGAGUUCUCAUCAGAGCGUGGGCCCCGCAUGUGCCGAUUCAUCAGGGAACGUGAUCGUGCAGCCAACGACUACCCAAGUCUUUACUACCCUGAGAUGUACAUCCUCAAGGGUGGCUACAAGGAAUUUUUCCCACAGCACCCGAACUUCUGUGAGCCCCAGGACUACCGGCCCAUGAACCACGAGGCCUUCAGGGAGGAGCUGAGGACCUUCCGCCUCAAGACUCGCAGCUGGGCUGGGGAGCGGAGCCGGCGGGAGCUCUGCAGCCGGCUGCAGGACCAGUGAGGCACAAGCACCAGUCUUGCCACCUUUCUUGCCUCACAGGGCCUGGGUGCCAGUGUCCCAAGGACCUGCUAGAGGUCCCAGGUGCUAGCUGGGGGAAGACAGCACAGCUGCCCUGCUGUCUGCCCCUGUCCCUAAUUCCCUUUGUCUCCCUCCAGUCAUUUUCCACACCCUGUUGUCACCCCUGCUUGGUGGUUUGUGCCAGCUCAGAGCAAGUUUUUGGUGUUCAGCAGGGCCUUUUGGCUUUUCUUUCUUGUCUGAGUUGCCUCUUUGUCUUCCUGUGUCCAG